UGCGGCAACAUGGGGGUGUUUGACCGCGGGGUUCAGAUGCUGCUGACCACGGUGGGGGCCUUCGCCGCCUUCAGCCUCAUGACCAUCGCCGUGGGGACGGACUACUGGCUGUACUCGCGCGGCGUCUGCAAAGUCAAGAGCACCAACGAGAACGAGACCAGCAAGAAGAACGAGGAGGUGAUGACGCACUCGGGCCUGUGGAGGACCUGCUGCCUGGAAGGUUCUUAUAAAGGAAUGUGUAAGCAGAUAGAUCACUUCCCUGAGGAUGCAGACUACACAGCGGAUGCUUCCGAGUACUUCCUACGCGCCGUCCGAGCCUCCAGCAUCUUCCCCAUCAUGAGUGUGAUCCUGCUCUUCAUGGGGGGGCUCUGCAUCGCCGCCAGCGAGUUCUACAAGUCACGCCACAACAUCAUCCUCAGCUCCGGCAUCCUCUUCGUCUCCGCAGGCCUGAGCAACAUCAUAGGCAUCAUCGUGUACAUCUCGGCCAACGCCGGCGACCCUUCCAAGAGCGACUCCAAGAAGAACAGCUACUCCUACGGCUGGUCCUUCUACUUCGGCGCGCUGUCCUUCAUCAUGGCGGAGAUGGUUGGCGUGCUGGCCGUGCACAUGUUCAUCGACCGCCACCGGGAGCUGCGCGUGGGGGCUCGGGCCGCCGACUACCUCCAGGGCGCUGCCAUCACGCACAUCCCCAGCUACCGCUACCGCUACCGGCGCCGCUCACGCUCCUCGUCCCGCUCCACGGACCCCUCGCACUCCCGCGAGACGUCUCCGGUGGGCCUGAAGGCCUUCGGGGCGCUGCCCUCCACCGAGCUGUCCAUGUACACGCUGCCCAAGGGCCAGACGGGCACGCCCACGGCCACCUACGACUCCACGGAGAGGGACCACAACUUCCUGCAGGUCCACAACUGCAUCCAGAAGGACCUGAAGGACGGCGGCAGCGCCGCCAACCGACGCACCACGCCGGUAUGA